UACUUUCCGUAGGACAUCACUCGCAUGCUGCACGAAGCCGUGGUGAUGUGAGCGAGCGCGUGAUCGCGUGGCACGUUGGCUGCAGGCGGUUCCUUUCUGUCGAGCGUUUGCCGAUGUCAUGGGCGAGUCGCGUGAGGUGCUGCGUACUUGGAUGCUCGGCCACUUACGAAAGCACCGAUGAAUCCGGAGAAAAAGUGCGCUUCUUCGGAUUUCCCACACGACACUACGAUGUUGAACGUAAGAACAAGUGGGUCAACAACAUUAGACUAGCCAGAAAAGACGUCAACGGAGUUUGGUCACCCUCAAAGAACUCCAAGGUCUGCUCGAAGCACUUCGUUGGCAACGUUAAGGGAGAAGAUCCGAGGGAAGUAAACUACAUCCCCACCAUCUUCCCUGUUGUGAGCACAAAGACCGCAGAGAAGUACAAUAGGCUCCUCAAGGCGAAGCAAAACUCAAGAAUCAACCUGACUGAACAAUCGCAUCAAAAGCUUCCUGAAGCAAGUCAUCCGGGUGCUGGAGAAACGAAGAUUUCCUUACCGUCCUCCAAGGCAGUUACUAGAGAAGUCGCCGGUGGAACUACAAUGGAAGGACAGGAAAUUGUCGGAGGCCUAGCCAAGGACACUUUUGUGUUGAACAAGAGGACCGUGCAUCUGGCAUCCGUGGUCGAUGGAGAUGGAUCUCUGGACAGCGGCGUUCAUGUCACACUGGACGACUUUCUACGCGAAUGGUCGGCGGAUCCGCACCCGAGAUAUGUUGGUACAAAGUGCGAAGAGAACGGACCUGCCGAUUCGGGCCACGGGAGCAAAGGUCAUAGCUUUGAGUGUCCCAUCUGUGCGGACUCCUACUCAACCUCGCGUAGCCUUCGACGCCACCUGUCUCGUCGCUCAUUCCUGGCACGGCUGCCGUGCCGCAAGUGCAGUGCCUGCCAUCUGGCAUUCAACCGCUGCACCCUCAUAAUGCGAGCACAGGGUUGUCGUAUUGCCGCUUCUUGUGCCACCCUGUCAGCACUGCCACCUAGUGAAACAUUGGUUCCUGUGGAACUUAGUGAGGAGGCCGACAGCACUGGGUCGCAGUCUGAUGUGCCAAUGACAGUCCUUGAAAAGGUCCUUCAGAGCGUCAUCUGCUCCGAAUGUUAUAUGAACCUCGAGGACGAGGCCUCCCGGGAGGCCCACUUUCACCCGUCACGAGGCAAUCUCAUCCGCUGCUCAAACUGCCCAAUGCUGUGCACUUCAGAGUGCGCUCUUCGUGCACACAGAAGGCUACACACUCAGCGACGCCCCUUCGUCUGCCCCGAGUGUGGCCUACGCUGCGAGGAUGAAUGGAGCUUGUUCAACCGGCAUGUGACCAAGCAUUGCCAUCACUUUGAGCGAAUUGUGGGCUACCACUGCCUGCUGUGCCCUGCCCUGCUGCUUGAUCAAGCUGAACUGGCCGGCCACAUAGUGGACACGCACAGCAGUGCCCUGCACAAAUGCCAGGCGUGUCCGAUGGCCUUCAUAAAUUUAGAGGGAUUCCACAUACACCGGCAGGCAGCGCACCCCAAGCUGCGCAGUCAGUGCUGGCUGAUCCUCAAGUGCCCACUGUGCGAAGCUGUCUUUGCGUCGGCCGAGCUGCUUACCAACCACACGAUAAGUCACCUGGACCAGUGCGGACGGUCCUUAUUCAAGUGCUCCACAUGUGACUCUCUUCACCCCACGCGCGCGGACCUGGUGGCCCACGUGCGGAAGCUGCACCCCGCCAUGCACCAAGAAUCGCUGUGGGGCAGGGAAGACGACCCAACCAUGGCCUUUCUCUCUGGACAGAGUACAAAGGCAACCGUGUCAAGCGAAGUCAUCAACCUGGAUGAUGAUGAAAUAGCCAAUUCCGAUGACAAGGCAAUGGACACUUCUGCACCAUUAUCGCAGAAGCCAAAAAAAGGGAGUAUUACAGAGAAGCCAUCACCUGCAUCGAGUGCUACCUCUGAACAAGCAAAGAAAAACAAGCAAGAUACUCCUAAGAAAGUUAAUCGGCAUUCUACCGGCAAUACUGAGCAGAUGACUGUUAAACCGGCAGAGAAGCCACCAAACAACACUAAAGUGUGUGCGAAGUGCGACUUCCAAAGCAGUGACUUGUCCGCUUUCCGUGAACAUAUCAAAGUGCACCGGCCGCCAAACCAAGAGACAUUCCAGUGCCACGAGUGUGGUCUGUGUUAUGUGGUGGAGCCCUCUUUGAGGAAGCACCUUCGAGGAGUGCACAGGGUGGAGGAGAAGAAGGCCGCUGACAGCCUCGCGGACGCAGACCCCAAUGGUGCUGCCGUCAGCGGGCUUCGCUGCUCCGUGUGUUUGGCAACAUUCGACACUGAACGAGAACUCAAAAGCCACACGCGUAGCCACGGCAUGGCAUUCCUAAAGAAAGUGAAGGCCAAGGACGGUACUGUUUGAUCUGUGGUAUGUGUGAGUGUAUGUGUGUGUGCUUGCUGUGCAU